AUGGCGCAGAACCUGAAGGACCUGGCGGGGCGGCUGCCCGCCGGGCCCCGCGGCGUCGGCACCGCCCUCAAGCUGCUGCUGGGCGCCGGCGCCCUGGCCUACGGCGUCCGCGAGUCCGUCUUCAUCGUGGAAGGCGGGCAGCGGGCCAUCUUCUUCAACCGCAUCGGCGGCGUCCAGCAGGACACCAUCCUCGCCGAGGGGCUGCACUUCAGGAUCCCCUGGUUCCAGUACCCCAUCAUCUACGACAUCCGAGCCCGGCCGCGGAAAAUCUCCUCCCCCACCGGCUCCAAAGACCUGCAGAUGGUGAACAUCUCGCUGCGGGUCCUGACGCGCCCCAACGCGGCCGAGCUGCCCAGCAUGUACCAGCGCCUGGGCCUGGACUACGAGGAGCGCGUCCUGCCUUCCAUCGUGAACGAGGUGCUGAAGAGCGUGGUCGCCAAGUUCAACGCGUCGCAGCUCAUCACGCAGAGGGCCCAGGUGUCUCUGCUUAUUAGGCGAGAACUGACAGAGAGAGCCAAGGAUUUCAGCCUCAUCCUGGAUGAUGUGGCUAUCACAGAGCUUAGUUUCAGUCGUGAAUACACAGCAGCUGUGGAGGCCAAGCAAGUGGCCCAGCAGGAGGCACAGCGUGCACAGUUCCUGGUGGAGAAGGCCAAGCAGGAGCAGAAGCAGAAGAUUGUUCAGGCUGAAGGAGAGGCUACAGCUGCCAAGAUGCUCGGUGAAGCCCUUAGCAGGAAUCCAGGCUACAUCAAGCUACGCAAGAUCCGAGCUGCUCAAAACAUCUCAAAAACGAUUGCUGCCUCACAAAACCGUGUGUAUCUCACAGCAGAUAACUUGGUACUGAACCUGCAGGAUGAGGGAUUCACCAGGUAAAGGGGCCAUAUGGCUGUCCUGGGGGUACUUAUCUGCACCCUAACUGUGAAGCUGGUCCCCUUUCUGGAGCUCUCUCAGGAUCUUUUCUCUGAGAGGAGCCUCAUGCCAGAGGACACAGCCAAGUAGGGAGCAGUCUUACUUACUGUGGAAAUGGAGUUUUUUGUUUGAUAAUUUACUAAUGCUUUUCUUUCUUUUUUUCUCCCCUCCUUACUGCAUCUCCUGACACACAGAGGAAGGUAACAUACUGUUUAUUUUGAUGCUUUUGUUACUAGUUGGAACAAGGAUUUUGAUGUUUGCCUAGUGCCUGGGUUGUAUCUGGCUUGGGCCUUUCUUGUUCUGUUCUCUACCUCGCUUCUCAUUUUGAGGUGGAGCUUGAAGCCUUCCUUGCAGGGGCCACACAAAUCAUAGAAUCAUGGUUUGGGUUGGAAGGGACCUUAAAGAUCAUCUAGUUCCAACCCCCCCUGCAUGGGCAGGGACACCUCCCACUAGACCAGGUUGCUCAAAGCCCCAUCCAGCCUGGCCUUGAACACUUCCAGGGAUGCGGCUUCCACAGCUUCCCUGGGCAACAUGUUCCAGUGUCUCACCACCCUCACACUAAAGAAUUUCCUCCUAAUGUCUAACCUAAAUCUCCCCUCUUCCAGCCUAAAACCAUUACCCCUUGCCCUCUUCCUACAUACCCUUGUAUCUAACAUCGAGUAGGAGAUACUUAGUAAUUGGAGCUCUGUGUGUGUUCCAUAAGGACCCUUGUGUGAGGAAGGCAAGAGUAACUGAGGAGCAGCAUCCUGUGAUCUGUCCUGCAUGUACAUACAGGGUGUCCUGGCAAAGGGGGCUCUAAGCAGGUGGUUCAAUGAUCAUAGGAAUUUGUGUUGGUUUGGAGUCAUGAUACCUGGGCAAGAUGCUUUACAAAAGCUUUGCAGUCCAUGCUAGAAAACCCCGUUCUCUGCUUUCAAAGCUGGCAGGAGUUUGGUGGCUCUGCCUAAUCUGCCUUGCUGGACAAGGCAGUGCCAGCUGAGCUAAUGACAUGCAGCUAAAAGCUUCAGUUUCUUAUAUCCAGAAAGGAAGGCAAAGCUGGUUUCUUUUCUGUGGGAUCUCUGAUUGUUCUUCCUUAAUUCUGACCACAUUCUGUCUUACUCAGCCCAGAAGACUUAAGGGGCUUUGAAAAAAGCCAUAGUCGUCCUUCACAGAAAGGAAGUCCAGAUCCUUUGUGUGUGACACCACACGCACUGAAGUCUGUAGUGUGGGUCUGGUUCAGCUUUGCUUGUGCUCCCUGAAUUAAUGACUCCCUUCUGUCUCCCUUUCAGUGACAGCCUCUUACUCAAACAAGGGAAGAAAUGAAGGAACCUGAAGCCUCCUAAAGCCAGCUCGCUGACCAGCAGAAGAUACGGAGGAGCUUUCAACUCCCUCCAAACUAGCAUUGCUGCCCUCGAUUUGAAGUUUUUAAUCCAGUAGCCAGGUUUGGUUUCCAUGCCCCUGCUCCAUCUGUGGUGAUCAAGUUAUGGGAUUGGGCUCUGCCUUUAGGCAGCUGUGAUGCCUUCCUCACCCCACCAGUGAAAUAACCUGGGGUGGGGGCAAGGGUGCUUACUGGUGUUAACCCACGUGGAUGUAGUCAUUCACCUCUAAUCUUCAUUAACCUUUAGAUUUCUGUAGGGUAAAAUCAGAAUAAUUUUUAUCUUUUCCUAAGUGAGGGAGUUCUGCUGCCAUCAGCAUCGGGCUUUUUUUUCCUAGUAAGUUUUUUUCUCUUUAGCUCUUCUGAUCCCAAGAGAACCUGGGACUGAAUUCAGGAAAACAUCAUUCAUUUGGGUGCCUGUCACUGCUGGAAUUAUAUAUUUGCAUCACUGUCUGCUCAGUGAUUCUUUGAAACAUUUGUAAAAAUUAAAACCUCCAAAAGUAA